AUGAUACUGAGGUGGGCAUUGGCCGUGUUGCUCUUCUCCGGUAUCACAACGGGGAGCAAUCCGAGCAGAAGGCAGACAUCCGCCGAUGAGACAUCCGAAGUUUAUGAUGCAGACGAUGAAUCGGAUGAAAAGGAAUGUUUGCUUUUAGCAACCUAUGAUAUCACGGACGAUGAUAUCGAAAAAAUGUCAUACACGACAGCUUCAUCUUCGCCAGUUGUUCCAUCGGCAGGCGAUGAGUUUACGAAGGAAAAAAUAGAUGAUAGGUCGCGGUACAUUGAGAUUGCAACCUAUGAUAUCACGGACGAUGAUAUCGAGAAAAUGUCAUACACGACGGCUUCGUCUUCGCCAGUUGUUCCAUCGGCAGGUGAUGAGUUUACGAAGGAAAAAAUAGAUGAUAGUAAAGAGGCCGAAAAAACGGAAACAGAAAAGAAGGCUGAUGAAUUGUAUCGUUCUGCGAUGCGCUUUCUGGAUAAAGGACGCUCUUCGUCAACUGAAGCCAAAAAAGCCGCCUACAGACUUCUGGACGAGGCUGCUCAGCUCAAGCAUAAAGAAGCAAUGAAAUUAACCGCAUACGCAUAUUUGUUUGGUGAUUAUACGCGAUGGAACAUUGAUGAAGCACGAGCAAUCUUCGAAGAGCUGGCAACGGGGGGCUCAGCUGAUGCGCAGCUGGCGCUUGGCUUCAUGCAUGCCACUGGUCUCGGAGUUCCAGAAUCUUCUCAGGCAAAAGCACUUAUUUACUAUACAUUUUCUGCGUUGGGCGGAAAUCCACUGGCUCAGAUGGCGCUAGUAUGUUUUGCAGUUUCUCGAAAUACCUUUAAUAUUCCUUGUCUGGAAUUAUCACGAUUAUAUUUGCGCUUCCCUACCGCUUCAUAUAUACAGAAAAAUACGUGCUCGCUUCCCUCGUUUAAUGACUACAUAGCCUAUUGUUGUCCUUUGUAG